ACGCGGUAAAAUGUAUCCGUAGCAACUGUAGUAAUCUUAAAUUUAUUGAAACAACAAAUAUCUGUUAGUAGUAUAGGCCGUAUAUAACAGUAGAGUAAAUGAAUUCGAAUUUCAUUUCUGCCUUCAAAAUUCAUGGUGUACCAAUACUUCCGCCUGUGAUUUCUUCGGAAUUGCGGUCAGAAAUAAUUCAGUAUCGCAAACGAUCACAAGAGAUUGAAAUGAAAAUUCUGGAAAAGAAGCUGUUGAAACAAAAUACUAUUCAGCUAUAUGACAAUGUUGAAAAACAAAAAGAGAGUUCUCAACAAAUAACUGUAAUUGAAUCGAAGAAAUCUAUUAAAUCAGAUUCUUUAGGUAUACCAUCUUUAUGUUCUGAUAUUCCUAAUUCGUUUUUGAAAUCGCCUGAUCUUGAAAAAACUGAACAAGAGAAAUUCUACUGUUCUGACCAAGCAUCCUCUCAGCCGAGGUUAAUUAGAUCAAAUUCAUACACUUUGGAUUAUCCAAGCCCAUUGUUAAUGAAGCAUAUUAAUAAGCAAUGUUCAGAUAUUAAAAACACUAAUACGAUAGAGCAAAUUCCUCAAGAACAUACGAACGAUAACAUAAAAAGGUCUUACUUUAAAGAUGUCCAAUCUACUCAUAUAAAUAAACAAGAAUGGGUAAACUCCAGCAAAACUCCGUCUAAGGCUGCCGCGCAUGUCAAGAAACUAAAAAGUCCUUAUAAAACUACCAAAUUGAAUUCGAAUAAUCGAGCAAAUGUAAAAUGUAAAACACAACGAAAGACUGUAGAUAAUAUCAAACAAUCGGUGGACACUUGUCAACAAAAAAUCAAAGAAAUUCAAGAUGAACAUGACAAGCGGUUAAUGGAACUAUUAAAACGUCAGCAAGAAGAGCAACAUGAACUCCAACAAAACUUCCGUCGUCAGCAAGCUGAAUUGACGAAAAUGUUACUUCCUUCCAAAUUGGAUCAAAUCCAUACUUCAACACCAGUAAAUACGAGUCCUAAUGAAUCAAUGAUCAACGAUAUUCAGAGUAUACCAAUGUCUUUCAAGAAAUUGAACAUAAGUUCAAAAGAAUUUGUUCACAAUGAUUCUCAAUUCAGUAUGAACAACUUGUCCAGUCAAUCAAGUUUGAGCUUUCAAGAAUCAACUGAAAUGUAUAAGACUUGCGUAGACCACAGCAUCAACAAUCGAUCAAAAAUACACGAUUGUUUGAAUUCAGACGGAAUUAAUAGCUACAUCAAAACUAUUGUGCAAACAAUACAAGAUAAAGAUCUUCAGGAGCUCUACCAAUUUAGAGGAUUAGAUGAACAAUCUCAAAUUCAGCACAAUGCGGCUAGUUUGAUAAACGCUUACGCCAGGGGUUAUCUAACAAGAAGGCUUUUCCAAACAGAAUGCGUACAGAAGGUAGUUGAAAUCAUUCGUGAUACCCUUCUUUUUAUUUUGGACAUGCAUCAUGAGAAUCGUACAGCAAAACGUUCACGAAGUCCUGUCGAUGUGCAGCGGAAAAGAACUUUGAUCCAGCAGUUGACGUCAGCGUGUGAUAAACUACAUCAAAUUUUCAUUGAAUCUAGUACUAAACAGCGUAUGGAAAUCAUCCGUCAAGAUAGAGAAAAAAUUAAACAUAAACUAGUGAAUCGUCCAAAAACGUCAAGAUCGAAUGAAUCUAGUAGAUCAGUAAAUUUUAAAUGCGAACGAUCUCUGGACAAACGAUAUCGCAAGCUUCAGUUGUGUUCAUUGUAUUCCGUCAAUAUUGAAGGAGGCUCAAUCGGCACAUUUGAUAACAAUGAAGAUAAUUAGCAGUAUGGAAUAAAUACAAAACAACUGUAUUUCAGACCUGAUCCACCUCAGAGAUAGACAUUGGCAUUGAAUCAAGUAGAUGGUAGCCUGCAACACGAUUACCCAUUGCAAACAAUCUACUCAUUGGAUUUAUCAAUUCUGCUGGUAACGACUGAAACCUAUUUUAUGAAAACUGUUCAAUUUUUUUCCGAAACAACCCUCACGAACGAUAGUGGUUAAAUAAAGUUAAAUUAAGUAGUCUAACCAUUAGCCGUCAACUACACAUUAGUAGAUACGUCGUUGAUUGACCUCAGUGAACCAGUUGGGAUCAUUUUGAACGUAAACAAUUUCAAAAAAUAUGUGAUUGAAUUAUUAUUUAUUUUUAUAUAAAACCUUUUGAAAAAUAAAUGUUUUUGUGAGUACAGAUUAAA